AACCUCCAAAAUCUGAUACGAUCGUUCCAACUCCGCUAUCUUCAGCAUUUAAAAAUAUGUUUGAUGAUUCGGCAAUUCUUUCCUCUCAAGCAAUUUCAAGAUUAACAAGGGAUGGUUUUAUAACCAGAGAUGAAAUUGAGGUUAAAGGUCCUGUAAUUUUAGUAAAUGGUGAUAUAUUUAUGUGGAAUGUACCACAAGGUCAAGGAUUUGGUAAGGGUAUUAACAGAAAAGGUGGUGUAUUUGAUAAUUGGAUCGGUGAUUUCUUAAAAUUAUUCGAGGUUAUAACACCAAAACCUGAUUUAUUGGUAUUUGGAACCGGAAAAUCAUUUGUUCCAAUUCCAUCAAAUAUUAAACAAUACAUCAAUGAUUUGGGAAUGCAAACUGAAGUAAUAGAUACGAAAAAUGCUGUGGCUACAUAUAAUGUAUUAGCUGAGGAAGGAAGAAAUGUUGCAGCUGCUUUAUUACCAUUAACUCCAACUUGUGCUCGCACUGGGAAAGCUUUCUAA